AGCCCAGCCAGCGUUCAGUUAAGACGUCGUCUAUAUAAACUGAUACGCCAUACAAGUUUCUCCAGUGUAGUGUGGAUUACUUUUAAGGACAUAACACCUCAAAACCGAACAAACAGAGAAAAAAUGAAGCAAUUCGUUGUGUGUACCAUUGUGGCAGCUUUGUGCGUUGCAUCUGCAAAUGCCGCUUUUGAAUGCCCCAAACCAAAUGGUCAGUUCCCCGAUGAAAAACAGUGUGAUAAAUACUACGAAUGUGAUGAUGGUGUUGCCAAGGAGAAAUUGUGCCCUGAUGGUUUGGUCUUCGAUCCAUUGAACCGUCAAAUCAACAAAUGUGAUAUGCCUUUCAAUGUUGAUUGUGGUGAUCGUGUUGAAUUGCAAGAACCAAUUUCCUCGAAAUUCUGUCCCCGCAAGAACGGUUUCUUUGCCCAUCCUGAUGAAACUGUUUGCAACAUCUUCUACAACUGUAUCGAUGGUGAUGCUUUGGAAACCAAAUGUACUGUAGGUUUGCAUUUCGAUGAAUACAGCGGUACCUGUGUGUGGCCCGAAACUGCCAAGCGUGAAAACUGUGUUGAAAAGCCAAAAAUGUCCGCCACCGGUUUCCAAUGCCCCAAGGACAAGCCAAAGACUGAUGCCCGUGGUCAAGUUGUCUCUCAUCCCAGAUAUCCUCACCCCACCGAUUGCCAGAAAUUCUAUGUCUGCUUGAACGGUGAAGAUCCUCGUGAUUUGGCCUGCCAAGCCGGUGAAGUCUACAAUGACGAAUCUGAAAUGUGCGAUGCCCCCGAAAAUGUACCCGGCUGUGAAGAUUGGUUCAAGGAUUCCGAUGAAAAGAAAGAAUAAAUUGAUAUUCUCUCUCUUAUAGCAGAGUUGUAACAUCUCUUUGUUUGACUAUUUUUGUGUAAAAAACAAACCAACAACAAUUUUCAC